AUGACCUCUCUGCAUUACGCCGCAUCGAUCCCGAGCCUCCGCCUCUUAAGCAAGUGCAAGAGCAUCGAUUCACUGCGGAAUGCUCACACGAUCUUAACUAGGAAUGGACUCAUGUCUGACAUCUCUUGUGCAACAAAGCUCGUAAGUUUAUAUGGAGCCUUUGGGUAUACUAAAGACGCACGCUCGGUGUUCGAUCAAAUUCCUGAACUAAAGUUUCAAGUUCUUCACUACCAAGUUGGGCAGAAGUAUGAGCCUCACUACGAUUAUUUCUUAGAUGAGUUCAACACCAAGAACGGUGGACAACGUAUAGCUACUGUACUUAUGUACUUCUCGGAUGUUGAUGACGGUGGCGAGACAGUGUUCCCUGCUGCGAAAGGAAACAUUAGUGCAGUCCAAUGGUGGAAUGAGCUAUCGAAAUGUGGGAAAGAAGGACUCUAUGUUCUACCAAAGAAGAGAGAUGCUUCUCUAGACCCUUCCAAUGGAUGUCCAGUGGUGAAAGGAAACAAUUGGUCAUCCACUAAAUGGUUCCACGUCCACGAGUUCAAAGUCUAA